CCCUCUGGCUCCCUAAAAAAAUACACAUAUUCUUGUCACAUCUCAUAUCCAAUGUUGUUUCGAAACUUUUUUGAAAAAUUAAAAACCACCUAAGCAUCGAGAGGUGUAUUAAAAAUUAUCUCUGUACUGAUGAAAAACCGCACAAGUGAUACCAAAUUUUCAUGAUUUCUAUUGUUGGCAGUGCUCACCAAGUGUACUUUUUUCCAAAUUGUUAACUUUUUCAUCAUCCCGCAAUAAAAAUGAUCAAUCAAAAUGCCAUUGGCAUGAGCUUUCUUAUAUGCCUAGCAAUAGUGUUUAACUUUUCAUUGCACAGAAUCGAAGAAGGCCAUGUGGGAGUUUACUUUAGAGGAGGAGCUCUACUCCCACAUGUCAGCACUCCAGGUUUUCACAUGAUGAUACCCAUGCUGACCAGUUUUAAGCCUGUGCAAGUGACGUUACAGACGGAUGAAGUGAAAAAUGUUCCUUGUGGGACCAGCGGUGGUGUCAUGAUUUAUUUUGAUCGAAUUGAGGUUGUAAAUAUAUUAGAUGCCAAUAGUGUGUACAAUAUGGUGAGGAACUAUACUGCAGAUUACGAUAGAGCUUUAAUAUUUGACAAAGUUCACCACGAAUUGAACCAAUUCUGUUCGGUUCACACGCUGCACGAGGUUUACAUUGAUUUGUUUGACCAAAUUGAUGAGAAUCUCAAAACUGCACUGCAAAAGGAUUUAAAUGAAAUUGCUCCUGGUUUGAGUAUUUUAGCUGUGAGAGUAACAAAGCCCAAGAUUCCUGAAACUAUUCGAAAAAAUUAUGAACUUAUGGAAGCAGAAAAAACAAAACUUUUGAUUUCUACUCAGCACCAAAAAGUUGUUGAAAAGGAUGCCGAGACUGACAGGAAAAAAGCAAUCAUUGAAGCAGAAAAAGAGGCACAGGUAGCUCAAAUUCAAUAUAAUCAGAAAAUUAUGGAAAAAGAAUCACUCCAACGUAUGGCGGCAAUUGAGGAUGAGAUGCAUCUAGCAAGAGAAAAAAGUCGUUCUGAUGCCGAUUACUACCAGAUGGAAAAACAAGCUGAGGCAAAUAAGUUGCUUCUGUCAAAGGAAUAUUUGGAACUCGAAAAGUACAAGUCAUUAUCCCAAAAUGCUAAAAUUUACUUUGGCCAGGACAUACCAAAAAUGUUUUCACUGGGAGGCUGCACAGAUUUUCCAGAUUUAGGUUCAUCUCGGGGAAAAAUAGAUUCCCCAAAAGAGGGAUAACUUAUUUGAAUAAAAAAACUAAGUCAUUUUUGUAAUUACAUAG